UUUUUUACGUCGGUUCAGGUUGGGUCAGGCUGGGUUAGGUCUUAAAAACAUGUUUGAAAAUCACGUGGAUUUGCAUCAUUCUGGACAUCGUGGUCGUGAUCCAAGGACGUUCUUUUCGACUUGGCCUUAUUAGCGUGUAGUCCUUUUAUUAACGUGCAGGAAAAAAAAGAGAUUAAUCUGAAAUAUGGAGGCUGUUGUAGUUGAUCCUAAAUGGGUUGAAACAUUUAAAUCAAUUUCGAAAGACGAAAUCAAUUCCCCAAACAAAGUAUGUAAACAUGAACUUAGGGCACGUCCAAACAUUUCAAAAUUAUAUAAAGCUACCAAUGAUGAUGAAUAUGAUCUUUACGGUAUUAGCGAGGAAGAUCUGUUGAAACGACAUAAUGAAGAUAAUAAAAUAAUUUCAGAACAGCGUGAAAAACGCAUGGAGCGCAUGCGUUCACUUUUCAUUAGUCAGCCAAAACUUGAAACAAUUUGUAAAGAUUGGAGCAAUGAUUUCGUUGAUUCAGGGUUUACAACAUAUAAGUUUUGUAAUUUCACCUAUCAACAGUUUGAUACUCAGCUUCCAGAUGAUUUAGAAUAUAUAAUUAAUCUUUGUGGAUAUAAUUUGACAAAGAUAUAUGUAAAUGGAUAUUGUCCAAUAAUGCCAUUGAUUAAGUCUAAUUGUCCAAAUCUCGAGGAACUUUUGUUGACAUUUGACAAAAUGGAAAGUAAAGAUUUUGAAGAUGCUUUUUCUAACAUGCCUCAUCUUAAAAAAUUAAUGUUUCUUCUUUGGGAAUGUAAAGAUCCAAUUUUACCAAUGACUUUGGUUAAAUCAAUUGAACAAGUUCGUGAAACUUUAACAGAAUUAGCAUUUUCAUAUUGUAUAACUCACAAAUUUUAUCCUAUUGGCUUACCAGAUUCAUCUGUUGAGAUGUAUUUUCAAGUUUACGAAGCUUUAAUGACUACAGUUGGGAAUAUGAAAAAUCUCGAGCACUUAACAAUUCGUUUGCCUUAUGAUGUUACAGAUGAAUUCUUGAUAAAUCUCGUCGAUAAUGCUAAAAAAUUGAAAUAUUUAUGGAUAAGUGGUUCACGUAUAACAGAUAAGGGUAUAAUUGCACUUAAUAAAUUAAAUCAAUUAGAAUUUUUUGAUCUUGACGGAGUGCAAUCAAGAAAAGAGAAUAAGUUCAUCACUGAUGAGUCAAUUAAAGAUUUAUUUAGCGAAACAAUAACAUACUUUAACAUAUCAAAAUGCAUUCAAGUCACUAAUAGCUCAGUGAUUGAACUUUCCAAACAUUUACCAAAUCUUAAAUCUAUGAAUGUUACAAAUACACAAGUAAACUUGGAAGGUAUUUUAGAAAUAGCUAAAUUAAGAAAAGGUUCUGAUAAUUUUUUACAGAUUAAUACUUCUUUUAAAACUAAUGAUGAUCUUGAUGAAUCAUUAUUUAAUGAAUCAAAAAUUUCAUGUCUCUAUAUACCAGAUUCUGAUUAUGACUCAGAUGAAAAUUAAUCUACUAAUUAUUAUUAUUGCGUGUAUUUUUUCAUGAACAUGUAGUUUCAUUUUAUCUUAAAAAAAUAUUAAAUUUAAAAAUUAUUUAAAACAUUAAUUUUAUCUAUUGAACGAAAAUUGAUAAUAUUAAUAUCAAUUCAAAUAACCGUGGAACUUAAAGUUCAAUUAAUUUAAUAUUAUUAGCCACAAGUUGAAUUGUAAUGAUUUAAUAAAAAUAAAAAAUAAUGUUCUCAUUUGAA